AAAAAAACCCUCAAGAGGCUUCCUCUCUCUGGUCAUUGUUCAACAGACCCAUGGAACGAGAGCAGCAGACCAGCAGUGCUCAGGGAACAGAUCAACAAGACCAGAUAUGUUGUCUUCAAAUGCAUAAUUUUUCUGCUGCGUGACCAAAGCAGCCGUCAGUUGAGAUCUUUUCAAUUGCAGGAGCCAAAUACUUUUUGCAAUUUAACUUCAGUUACUUUAUAAAUCCAGUGCAUGUAUUUUGCGUAGUGAGUGAUGCAUGAAACAAACACUGUGAGUGUGUGAGUGGCAGUGUAGUGCAUGCUGUUGCAGUGGUGUAUCAGCACUUCUCAUGGCUCAGAGGAGGGCUGCUGGCUGCUGCUGCUGCAGGGCGCCCAUGAAUGAAGACAAUGCCCGGUUCUGCCUUCUGGCUGGGCUCAUUCUGCUCUACUUACUAUGUGGGGCGGCCAUCUUCUCAGCUCUGGAGCACCCCUUUGAGCUGCGAGCCCGCCGCCUCUGGAAACAACAGCUGGACAACUUCACUCAGAGGUACAGGGUGAACCUAGGUGCCCUGCAUACUCUGCUGCGGCAGUAUGAGGAGGCAAAUGGAGCUGGGAUCAGAGUGGACGCGUUGAGGCCUCGAUGGGACUUUUCUGGAGCUUUUUACUUUGUGGGCACAGUGGUCUCCACUAUUGGCUUUGGCAUGACAACGCCUGCAACAAUAGCUGGAAAGAUAUUCCUGAUCUUUUACGGUCUGAUCGGCUGUGCUGCCACCAUCCUCUUCUUCAACCUCUUCCUGGAGAGGAUUAUCACCAUGCUUGCGUACAUCAUGCGUUGGUGUCACGAGCGCCGGCUGAGGUGUGCUGGAGUCGGGGUGGUGUCAAGCAGGGAGGAAUCAUCUGGUGAGGAGGACAGUCUUGAAGGCUGGAAGCCGUCAGUCUACUAUGUGAUGCUGAUCCUCGGUGUGGCAUCAAUUCUGAUUGCCUGCAGUGCCUCCACCCUGUACAGUUCCAUGGAGAACUGGAGCUACGUGGACUCUCUCUACUUCUGUUUCGUGGCCUUCAGCACCAUCGGCUUUGGGGAUCUGGUGAGCAGCCAGAGACAACACUAUGAGUCUCAGGAGGCAUACCGACUUGGGAACUGCCUUUUCAUCUUGAUGGGGGUGUGUUGCAUCUACUCACUUUUUAAUGUAAUUUCUAUCAUCAUAAAGCAGACUCUCAACUGGAUUGUGGGUAAGUUGGUUUGCCCCGGGCGGCACCAGUCCUGCUCCUGCUCUGCACCAGGCUGUCUGAGGCUCUGCUGCCCCUGCCUCCACAAGAAAAAGCACAACCAGAGGCGUCUGCCUGUACACCUCAGACAAAAACGCUUAAAACGCAACACUGUGCAGCCCGCCUCUCACUGCCCUCCGGGGAGACACCGCUACACGGAGGGCUCCGUGGAGACGGUGUGUGACAGUGAGACUGAGGCAGUGAAUGAUGGGGCUCAUGUGGGCCGCCGUCUGUCAGGAGAGAUGAUCUCUGUCAAUGAGUUCAUGGUGUCUAAUAAGGUGUCUCUGGCUCUGCUGCAGAAGCAGCUGAGUGAAACAGCCCAUCAGGGUCCACGGCAGAGCUAUGGAUAUCAGAACGGAUUCUCUGGAGGCGUUGGGGCUUUGGCCAUUAUGAAUAAUCGUCUACAGGAAACCAGUGUGGAUAGGUAGCAACAAACCGAUGUUCCACUUGUGUGCACUGCUUUGGGGUCUCUAUUUUGGGGCAAUGUUCCAUCUUAUUUAAUCUGGAGUAAGUCAAUAAUUUACCCACUUAGUAUGACAUGUCCAAACUCUGAUAAUAGAGUACUUUUUCUCAAUUUAUCCUCUAUCAGUGGAAGUCUAUGCACGUAAUAGCAGACCCCAAGCAUGGAUUCAGGACAUCAAAGAAGUGAUUACAUUUCAUUCCGUUUAUAGAAAGAGAGCCAGAAGAUGAACACAGUUUAAAGAAUUCACCAUCUCUGUGAAGAGGGGUCUGAUGUCCUGAAGUGAUUGGCUUAUACAAAAGCAAUCAGAUGGGAGAAGCAGCAAAGGAGCACUUAAAGGGGACUGCUGAUUUAAGAGAGCUGCUCACUUCCUCUGAGUUCCUCAAUAAAUACAGUUUUAUGUGCUGUGGUAGUCAAUAUUAGAGAGCAUGUGGGCCUAAAUACAACAUCCACAGCCUCUUUUUAGUUUACUAGCUGCAUAUAUAAAACAUUUGAAAUGCUAUUUGUAUUCAACAGAGCUUUUAGGGGGGCUUACAAGCACUAAGAAAGAGAUGUUUUAAUUAGUUGAUAGCUCACAAGUCGCCCAUCUUGCUUCAUCAACACACAUCAUUGAAAUUCAUAGUAAUCAUGAAAGUGCGCUGAGAUCCAGGGUUUUCAAUAGAGCACAUUUAAUCAAACCGGGCCCCGUAGAGGACGUCCUUCUGUCAACAAGUGGUGUGCAGAUAGUCGUUGGGUCACAUCAUCAGAGCAGAGAGCAGCAUUCAGGCUCUCCUCGGCCAGCUGGAGGAGAUCCUUUCUAUGCAAGAAAGCCCAUUUUAUCCCUUCUUAUCAUCUGUGCUUUUAUCAGCAGCCAUGAUGAUGAUUGUGAGGAGAAAUGCUUCAUCAGAAGAGGUUCAGAGACUAAAUCAUCCUUUUUUCCUCUGGUGAUCAUGCUUAAUGAAUUUUCUCGCUCUUACAAUCACAACAGCAGAGAGGAGAGAAUAGGUCUUUGUUUUUUGUGUGCGUAAAAAUAUUGAAGUCUUCAGUCAGAUAUUCUUUAUUGAGGUUUGAAACAAUCAUGACUUAACAUGUAAUGUCAAGGUCUAUACACAGGAGAGUACUCGCUGGAACAAUGAAACAAUGCAGAUACAAUGACCCGUUCUGAAAUCGACCCGUUCUGAUGCUGUUUGUUUUAUCAACAAUAUAAAACAUGGAUAAGGCAUCACAGUACAUCAUCCAACUUAUAGAAACAACACAUUUCACUUAUGCUGUAUUGAAGAAUGUCUUUAGAGUUAUGGUAAUUACACAAAUAAAAUUUGUAUAUGUGUAGAACUUAAUUACUUUAUGUGUAUUGUAUUAGUAUGUUGACAAAGACUUUAGGAUUUGGGAUAUUUGGGCAAUUUUGGUUACACAGACUUCAGUUUUUGGUCACAAUAAAACCUGAAACAUGCUAUAAAGUUCCUUACAAACAAUCUACUGAAUUAUCUUAACAAUUAAUCUAAUUUCUAAGCAUCACUUCAACCAAGUGGAUUUUAUCCUACAAGUUAAAAUGAAACGAGUAACUUAUAAAAGUUACAUCAUCAAAAAGAGUGUAUGUUCUGUGUGAAAUGUAUUUGUUCUUGAUAGAGUGUGUGUGUGUGUGUGAAGAUUUUAUGAUCAUGUAAAUAUUCCACCAGAGUUUAUUAGCUUGUCUCUUUUAAGGGAAGAAGAAAUAUUUGUGCAUUCCCUUCAGCUGACCAGCUGUUAGCACUGUUGGAAUUCCCUGUUUAACCAAAUGGAUAUAUGUUAGCUACAUGCUAGUUUUUGGCUAGCUGAUGCCGUUUUCGUCACCACACUUUUCUCUUCCUGGAAAAGCAGUCAUCAUAGUCAUGAAAUACCCUUAUAAUCUAUUCUUAUGUAUGUACUCUUAUAACAUCAUCUUUAAAAUAUAACACUAUAUUUACUGAUUUACCUUAAAUAUCCAACAAAAAUGUACAAUUUCACAGUUGUUUGUUUUUCAUUACAAUAGACCGUCAUUUAAAGUGAUCAUAUGUAGCCUGUCUACUGUUCACUGAAUAUGAGGCAGAGGUUUGUUGCUGGAUCAGUGUCUCUGAGUAAGUUUUAAAAAAUGUCCCUUUUAUAUAAAUAUAAAAUGUAACAGGCUCCCAUUAGAUCUAUUUUUGCAUUGUAUUUAUUACGACAAGAUGCUGCUUGCUGGCAUGAUGUAAACAAACACUCCUGUCUGUUAAUAAUCUCCCUUUUUGUUAAAUUGCACACAUGAAGAAACUGUUUUUAUAUUGACAUUAAUUACAGUCCCUCAGUGGAUGUCUGGAGACUAAAUCAGAGAUGGCAAAUUCAGGAUCCUCCCAGGCCCUGGACAGACGGGUCAAAAAGGAACUCAUGGUGAAUAUGCUGUUGAUAGUUGAGAUGAUAACAUAUCAUCUCAUGGUUAAAUUAGAUGAAUGUGUAAUCUUACUUACAUUUGGUAGUGUGGGGUUGUGCGUCUCUCUUUGUUGAUAGUAAGCAGAAAUAAUGCAGUUUCUUCUGUUAGGAAAAAAAAAGUAAGAAGGAAGUCAUUUCCAAUACCACAUAGCACUAAACACAGACAUGCACGAACACACAAACACAUACAGAGAGAACCAUCAACACUCAUUUCAUGUCUCUUACUUGCUCUGUAUGCCUCCCCCUGGUGGUAAUCCGGGGAUGACCGUGGAUGCGAGGACUGUGAGGACUGACAGCAGGUCUGGCUCCUCUCCUCUGGCACACAGCUCUUCAUAAAUCUCUGUUGAACAUUAAAGAAAACAUACAAACACA